AUGGUUUGGUAUGCGGAACGAACUAUAAAAUCUCUAUCUCCACCAAUUCCAAGUUUUUCGUUAUGUUGUGGAGAAGGAAAUGUCAAAUUACCACUCCUGCAACAUCCUCCUCAACCUUUGCGUAGCCUUCUUGAUUACAAUGGUGAACCACGGUCUAGGGUAUUUAGAGAAAAUAUCAAGCUUCUAAAUUCGAUUUUUUCAUUUACCUCGACUGGUGGGAAAAUAUCUACGGAAUUAAAUGAUGGACGUGGGCCUUAUACAUAUCGUUUAAAUGGACACAACCACCAUAGGAUUGGGACUUUGUUACCUACACAUCCCGAUUCUCGUCCUAGAUUCGCUCAAUUGUAUAUUUAUGACACAGAAAAUGAGAUUGACAAUCGUUUUUUUGCUUUACGAAAUUGUAUUUCGGCAAAUUCUGACCAAGCAGUACUUCGUACCUUAGUGAGUGACCUGCUGCAUAUGCUUGAUGAGAAUAAUGCAUUAGUACAGGCGUUUAGGAUGGCAAGGGAAAGGUUUAAUGAUGCAUCAAUGCAACCUCUAAGACUUCGUCUGAUUAGCACACGAAAUAGAGGACAAAGACAAUAUGACUUGCCUACUGCUUGUGAAGUAGCUGCAUUGAUCCCAGGUGAUGAAAAUCCCACUGACUCACGUGAUAUUAUUGUCGAAGAACGUGAAGGUUGCACUGCAAAGCGUAUAUCCGAACUGCACCCAAGUUUUAUGCCACUGCAGUAUCCUUUGCUAUUUCCAUAUGGAGAAGAUGGGUUCCAUCUAAAUAUUCCUCUAAGUGAUACAAUGGAAACAAGUAGGCGAAAAACUGUUUCGUCAAGAGAAUUCUACGGUUACCGUUUACAUGUUAGGAGGUCUGAGGCUAAGACAUUGCACAAAAGUGGUCGUUUGUUUCUGACAUAUGUAGUGGAUGCUUAUGCUCAAGUUCUUGAAAACGAUUUAAACUGGUAUAGAAGAAACCAAAAUACCAUCCGUUCAGAUUUGUAUAGCGGUAUAUGUGAUCGAGUUGCUGAAGGUGAAUCAACUUCUGAGUCAAUUGGGCGACGUGUUAUCCUACCAGCAACAUUCACUGGUGGGCCUAGAUACAUGAUCCAACAAUAUCAAGAUGCUAUGGCAGUUUGUCGUUGGGCCGGGGCUCCAGAUCUAUUCAUCACCAUGACAUGCAACCCAAAAUGGCCAGAAAUUACACGACACAUUAAUGCAACAACACCUGGCAUGACACCAUCCGACCGACCUGACAUUGUUUCACGUGUGUUUAAAAUAAAACUCGAUGAACUUAUUAGAGACAUAAAGAAAAGGAAUAUUUUCGGUCGAGCAAAAGCAGUUAUAUACCAGAUUGAGUUUCAGAAACGAGGACUUCCGCAUUGUCACAUUUUGCUUUUCCUACAACCGGAAGAUAAGAUUAGUACAGUACAACAUAUUGAUAAAUACAUAUCUGCUGAGCUUCCCUCGGAAUUGGACGACCCAAUGGCCUUUGAUGUUGUUCGUAAACAAACGAUGCACGGACCAUGUGGUGAGCUUAAUCCUUCCAGUUCUUGUAUGCAUAAUGGUAUAUGUGGUAAAGGGUACCCAAAGACUUAUUGUGACCAAACAUUCAUCAGAAAUGAUGGAUGGCCAUGUUAUAAAAGGCCUAACAAUUCAAGAGUGGUUAAAGUUGGAUCUCAAGAUAUUAAGCUUGAUAAUCGGUUUGUGGUCCCCUAUAACCGUGACCUGUUGGUAAAAUAUGGUUGCCACAUUAACGUUGAGUGGUGUAAUCAAGGUAUGUUAGUAAAAUACCUUUUUGGUUACAUAAAUAAAGGCCCUGAUUGUGUAACUGCGGUUUUGGAAGGUGCUCAAAAUAGAACAUCAUUUGAGUCCUUAUUACAUAAUGAAAACGAGAUCGAGGAAUACCUAAACUGUCGAUAUAUUUCCUCAUCUGAAGCGUGUUGGAAGCUCUUUCAGUUUGAUAUGAGGUACCGCGACAUUCCUGUUGAACGGUUACCUUUUCAUGAAGAAGGACGUCAAAGAGUCUAUUUUCGUGAUAAUGACUAG